UUUGCGGCUAAGCGGAAAGGAGACUAGUGGCUCCCCGCGGGACAAUCGCUGAUAAGCAGCCGAUUUUUUGCGACGCCGCGAUUCUUUCCCCUCCUCCAAGACUCGCAGCAAGCGCCACUUCACAUCCUCUUCCUCCACGUUCACUACACUUUUGUUCUACGACACAAUGGGUGGUCAAAGCAGAGAAGGUGGCAAGGUCAAGCCUCUCAAGUCCGCCAAGAAGGACAAGAAGGAGCUGGACGAUGAUGACCUCGCCUUCCAGGCCAAGAAGAGAGCUGAGGAGAAGGCCAAGAAGGAACUUAUGGAGAAGGCCAAGGGCAAGGGCCCCCUGAACACUGGUAACCAGGGUAUCAAGAAGUCUGGAAAGAAAUAGUCGGACUGUGGGCUUGAGGUUCUAUAUGUCUUCACGAGAUACAACGAGCUACGACCCACAACUCGGUGUGGAGUAUUUGCAUAUGCAUUGAGCACUAAUACCAUGAGCAACCACUUUUCUUUGACACCUUUUCAUUUCAUAGAAUAAUGCACCUUUUGCUAUCCACCAGAAAUAUCCACACCGUCAAUCACCAGGA